CAAAAUGUAUCAAACGUACGUUUAAGAAUUCUCAACAUUGUCGUUUGAUAAAGUCUUAAGUCUUAAGUCUUCACAUAUCAAGGCUACAAGCCAAAUAUGGGAGAUGAAGUGGAUCGCAGAUUAAAUGCGGCUUUAGAUGAAGCUGUCGAUGAAUAUUUGGAAGAUACAUACAACGACAUCGUAAAGAAGCAAAAAAAGAAAGAGAGAAAACGUGCAUAUGUCGAAAGAAACCGCGAAGAGGGCCAUACCCGUCUAUGGAAUGACUACUUCAGUGAAAAUCCAACAUUUCCGCCUCAUUUAUUCAGACGCCGUUUCCGCAUGAACAAGGACGUUUUCAUGCGUAUUGUCGAUCGUCUCUCAGAAAAUUAUCCUUUCUUCCAACAAAGAAGAGAUGCUGUCGGAAGAUUAGGUCUAUAUCCUCUACAAAAGUGUACGGCAGCUCUUCGUAUGCUUGCUUAUGGCUGUGCGGCUGACGCCGUUGACGAAUACCUCAGACUUGGUGAAAGCACGGCACUUUCAUGUUUAACGAAUUUCACAGAAGGGGUAAUUAAUUUAUUUGGAGAAGAGUAUAUGCGAAGACCCACUCCAGAGGAUCUUCAACGACUGCUCGAUAUUGGAGAGAUUCGCGGCUUUCCGGGAAUGAUAGGAAGCAUCGAUUGUAUGCAUUGGGAGUGGAAAAAUUGCCCAACCGCUUGGAAAGGACAGUACACCCGUGGAUCAGGAAAGCCAACAAUUGUCUUGGAAGCUGUAGCUUCCCAAGAUCUUUGGAUUUGGCACGCUUUUUUUGGUCCUCCAGGUACCUUAAAUGAUAUUAACGUCCUCGAUCGAUCUCCUGUUUUUGAUGACAUUUUACAAGGUCGAGCUCCAAGGGUACAAUACCUGGUAAACGGGCAACAAUAUGGUUUGCCUUACUACCUCACAGACGGCAUAUAUCCAAGAUGGUCAACAUUUAUCCAAUCUAUCUCAAACCCUCAAAGUCCUGAAGCACAGUUAUUUGCUAAAGUUCAGGAGUCCACCCGAAAAGAUGUGGAGCGUGCUUUCGGAGUAUUGCAAGCUCGAUUUGCAAUAGUUAAAAACCCGGCUAUUUUGUGGGACAAGACCCAAAUAGGGAUGGUUAUGCGAACAUGUAUCAUACUGCAUAAUAUGAUAGUGGAAAAUGAACGCAAUGGAUACAGCGGGUGUGAUAUAUCAGAGUUUGAAGAAGGAGACUCGAGUAGAAGUUCAGAGGUGGAUAUGUCAUAUACUCGCAGGCCUUCAAAUCUCCGAACUAUGCUUGAAAUACGUACUCAAGUUCGUGACCCACAUACGCAUGAACAAUUGAAAUUUGAUUUGAUCCAAAAUAUUUGGAACAAGUUUGGUAAUGAUGAAAAUGUUUAAUUGUUGUAUGUUUCUAUUUUCUCAUUCAAUAAAUAAAAAUUUUAAAUUUUUUAAAAAAAAUAAUUAUUAAUAAUUUUCUAAGGAUUCCUUAACGGUAACACCAUUGGAGCAAUAUUUGUGAUUAGAGUCCUUGACUAUUCAUAAAAAAAAAAAUAAUAAUAAUAAUAA